AUGCCGGCUGCCAGUGGUUCGUAUUCUUCUACAAAAGAAGACCCCAGAAGGCCUAAUAAGAUCUUCCGUUACAAGCCAGUGACUAUAAAACCUACAGAUGAUCCGACAGCAGAGUAUAUGAACAUUCUAGGGAUGAUAUUCAGUAUGUGUGGGCUUCUGAUGAAGGUAUGACUAAUCACGAUAACAUGGAUCUCUCGACUCCAGACAUCGUUGUGCUUACGUUGAAACUCGCACGCACAUCUCUUAGUUGAUAGAUUUUUAGGUACGCGAACCAUACUCAUAGAAAAAAAAUAAACCGUGGACAUAUGUAAAUUAUGCAGUUUUUGUAAAACAGAAGAUCGCAUUGUUUAUGCUGUGGCAAAUAUCCUUUCAUGGCUCUUCUUCGCUUUUUUGUUGGCUCAUGGUUGGCUAAUAUGAAUUGUUUCAUCUUUAAAACCGGCUGGCUGGCCAAGCAAAAUGCAGUAUGAAAGCACCACCGAAUUUUAAUUGUCCUUGAUGAGCUGUAUUCUCAACCCUUGAUAAGUACUGAUGAAAAAUGCACCGUGCAGACACAUCGGGUGUUUACAAUUGCUAAAAUUGCAAUUCCCCUGCGAAGAUCUUUCUUUGCGUGACAUUAGUUGUCCUCACUAAAUUAGUUUGAAGGUAGUAAAUAUAUGUGAUUCAUUUUUUUUUUUAAUUAGACUUGUUAACAUACCGUGAAGAUAAGAAAUAAUAUUAUGUCAAGUCAUCCAUCAAAUAAACCUGAUUUUCACUAUGAAUAAACAGAUUGGAUGUUUUUGAUAUUUGCUUCUUGGUCAUAAGAGGUACUGUUGCCAAGAAUCUUAAAAGUGAUAAGUACACAAAAUCUGUAAGCUUUGUGCUAGAUGGCUUCACCAGGGCUCGCAAACCUCUUGUGACGUUGUAAGUUUUACUGCCUAUUGAGGUCAUGAAUAUGGCCACAAUCUCCUUGUCUUCUUUGAUUUCAUUCACAAUCAUGUAUUGAUCGAAAGGUUUUCAGUAUAUGUUCCAGUCUUCUGAACUACGGUUGAAGACUUUAAUUGUUCCAAGAGUGGCCAUCCUUGUUGCCAGUUGUUGUGUAUUAGGGUUUAAUACACUACUAUUACUAGAGUAAUGCAUAAAUCAGACCAUGCGCUCCACACAAACAUUUUAUUAGAAUACCUUGAACUCGAUUACAUACAAUGAUAUGUGACCAUAAUCACAUGACUAUGAUCUAGAGUGUACCAACAAAUAGAAUACAGCUGAGGUAUUUAACCAAAUAGGAACAAACACUACAAAAGUAAGUUGCCUUGUGUCUAAUUUCUUCUCCUUGUAUAAUUUCAGCUGGUCUGCAAAAUAGUUAUUUUUGAUAAUGCUGGAACAAAAAGAAGAAAGUGUCUAUGAAGUCUAAUUUUUGCCAGCCCUUUUUACUGAAUUUUUACAUUUAAAGAUUAUAUCUUUGCUUAUUUCUCAGCUCAAAUGGGCAGCUUGGGCAGCUGUGUACUGUUCAUUCAUAAUGUUUUCCAACUCGCGCUCAUCAGAAGAUACCAAGCAGAUGUUUAGCAGUUUCUUGUGAGUAGUCAUUACUGUACAACAUACUUGCCAAUUUAUAAGAAGCAAUAUUAACGUUUGAAAUGGAUUUGAACAAUGGUUAUAGGCUUUUACCUCUAAAAACCAUUUAAUUUCCAAAGUUUCCAACUUAUCAUCUACAUACCAAAAGCACUGUACAAUUUAUUUCAUAAAUCAUGUCUUUUAAGUUCAGGCAUGAGUAACACAUAACUGCAAAAUAUCUCCAAAAUAUGAGUUCAAGCCUGUGGAUGCCAAGAUAAUUUUUUCAGCUCUUGCUUUCAGAAAAUUCAACUGGUUGCAGUUACUGUUGAAGAGCAAAUAUUUACUCGAUUCUUUUGGAGAUAUCCACUCCAAGCAUUAUAUCGAUUUAUAAAUCAAUUGAGACACAGUACAUGCUCUUAUGAUAGAUGAAAAUAUGUAAAGAGGGUUGCAGUGUUGAUUUGUGCUUAGUUUUGAGAAACAUUUUGCAAAGGCAUCUUAUUUAAACACUCAUUGGCAGCAGGGGAGGUGGAUGGAGAUGGGAAGAGGGUUUGAAGUUGGAAGACCUCUCAAAAGUUUUUAAACCCUCAAUUAGAUCUUGAGUUCUUAACUGUCUUCUGUGUCAUGAAUUCUUCCACCCCUCAUGUUUAGCUGAGGCUCUGUAAACAUGGAAGUCCUUUGUUGGUCAAUUGUUGCUUUUAAUAUGUACAUGUACUGUAAAUUAUUUAAAGACAUUUUGGGAAACCAUCAUUGGAGGAGUAGUAAGAAGACUCAAAUUAUUAGAUAACUGGACAUUAAAUGCAUUCCUAUGUUUAAUUUUGUUUCAGAUUAUCCGUAUCAGCUGUUGUGAUGUCAUAUCUUCAAAAUCCUCAACCAAUGGCUUCAACAUGGUAGCAGAGAAAUCACUGUUUUCUUUAACCCUUUAACUCCCAUGAGUGAUCAAGAGGGAAUUUCUCCUUACAGUGUCAAUUCAAUAUAAAGCAGACAAGGGAUGACAGUAAAGAAGAAUAGCGAUUAGGAGAUUUUUGGUUGAUCCAAUACCAAAUUCUCCAAACUAACAUCGUAAGAAUUGUAUGGCAGAUUGUAAGGAAAGUAAUUGAUGAGAUCUCAGGAGUGAAAGGGUUAACUCAUUCAUUGGAGCUGACAGGCAGUGUUUUAGCUGCAUUCAGAUCAGGAAUGACGUAAUUGUCAUAUCUAAACAGUGAGCUAUAGAUAUUUAAAUACAAGUGCUACCUCAGAAAACAUAUAAUUAGUAAUGUGAUAGGACCCAUAACAUGUACAUUAAGUUGGUAUGUUCAUGACAUCUGUUCCUUAAAUGGUCAAGAAUAAAGUACUGUUAAUUUUAGGUCUGUGCACUGCAAAAUUCUUGAGGAAAUCCCGAUCUUUUUCCCUUCAGUUCUUCUGUUAACCCUUUAAUGCCCAGACAUGAUUAACAUGUAACUUCUCCCUCUAAUAUCCAUACCUUAUUAAGCAAACAGGUAAUGAGAAUACACAAACUUCUCAAAGACAAGUUACAUUGAUCUUACUCAAAAUUCUUAUAACUAGUAUUGAUAUUAGUAAUUAGCACCCAGUUGUUCAAAGGCUGAUUAACACUAACCCAGGGUUAAAUUUCAAUCCUAGUUUCUUUAUCCUUUUGUUCAAAAGCCUUUCUGGCGUAAUUUUCUUUAUUCUUCGAAGGGCAUUUAAACAUCAAAUUGUAGACGAAAAGAAUUGGACUAAAUUUUCUUAUAUGGACUUUGAAUCUCAAAUCAGAUUUCACACUAACCCUGGGUUAUCUUAAUCCAGCUUUGAACAUCCCGGUCCAGAUCUCAAGAGUUAGAGGGUUAAGGUGACAUCUAGAUAACGAAGUGGGGUGUAGGAUGUUGUAGAUGAUAUUGAAUUCUUAGAGGGUUAGCUCCUUAGUCCUGCAGUUUCUUUGAAGAGAUAGGUAUUUCAUUCUAUUGUCAAUAAAUUUAUUUUCAGAAACGUAACAUGAUUUUCUCUUUCCACAUUGCAUGUACUUGAAAAGAAUAUUGUUGCUCUUAAAGGUCUAGCAUACGUUUUAGAAUAAAUAUUUCAUUUCUUUUUUGUUUUUGUCUGAAUAACUGGUCGCAAUAGUAAUGGUUUACAUCUACAAUAAUACUCAUAACAAAAUAAUUUUUAAACGAUUUUGAUAUCUUAGCAACGAAAAAGGUAAUUUUGUCAUUCAAACAUUGAAUACAUUUGUUUUAAUUUUGUUUUGUUCCUUUUCGAAAUGGCCUUUUUCUGAACCGUGAUUUCUUUGUCCAAAUCUGUUGCUAAGUUUAUAAUACAUGAAAUCACAAUUACUGUAGUAUUCACAUGCUAAUAGCUACAAGAAAGAGAAAGAACAAAAUACUCAAUUACUUUAACUCCGUCUCACCCAAGUAGUAUUCAUUUCUCCAUCUUAUCUGGGUUUUUUUCUUUCUUUUUUUUCUAUCCAUUUACCCCUUCAUAACAAACCAUUUCAACGGACCACUGACUCUCCCAGAGUUUGGAUAAAAAAUCUGAAAAGCAAGACUCUUUUUUUUGUUUGCCUGUAUUGACAAAAUAUAAAAAUGGAAGCAGAGAUUUACUCACCUUAACAAAAUUAACUUAUUAUUUUCCUGACUG